AUGCUCCUGCUGCUAUUGGCCCUGCUCUGGAGGAGGGAGGGGGCUGAUGGCCAGAGGUGGUCUGAGAGGUGGGGCUACAGCCUGCAAGUGCAUGGCUCAGUGGCCGUGCAGGAGGGCCUAUGUGUGCGAGUACCCUGUAGCUUCUCGCACCCCCAGGACCAAGGGUCUGACUUUACCUCAGCUCUCGGCUACUGGUUCCGGGAAGGAGCCAGUGUAGAGCAGGAUGCUCCAGUGGCCACAAACAACCCAGGUCGUAAAGUGCAGGAGGAGACCCAGGGCCGAUUCCACCUCCUCGGGGACCCCCGGGACGACAACUGCUCCCUGGACAUCAGAGAUGCACAGAGAAGGGACUCGGGGACAUACUUCUUUAGGGUGGAGAGAGGGCCUUCUAUGAAAUAUAGUUACCUAAAGAACCAGCUCUCCGUGCAUGUGACGGCCUUGACCCACACACCUGACAUCCUCAUCCCAGGGACCCUGGAGUCUGGCCGCCCUGAGAACCUGACCUGCUCUGUGCUCUGGGCCUGUGAGCGGGGCACGCCCCCCAUCUUCUCCUGGACGUCAGUGGCCCUCACCUCCCUGGACCCCAGGACCCACCUCUCCUCGGUGCUCACCCUCAUCCCACGGCCCCAGGACCAUGGCAUGCCCCUCACCUGUCAAGUGACCUUGCCUGGGGCCAGAGUGACCACGAUGAGGACCAUCCACCUCAAUGUGUCCUACUCUCCGCAGAACUUGACAGUAACUGUCUCCCAAGGAAAUGGCACAGCACCCACAACCCUGGAGAACGGCUCAUCUCUUUCAGUCCUGGAGGACCAGUCCCUGCUCCUGGUCUGUGUUGUCAAUAGCAACCCCCCUGCCAGGCUGAGCUGGGCCCGGGGGAGCCUGACCCUGUGCUCCUCAAAUCCCUUGAGCCCUGGGGUAUUGGAACUGCCUCAAGUACAGGAGAAAGAUGAAGGGGAAUUCACCUGCCGAGCUCAGAACCUGGUGGGCUCCCAGCAUGUCUCCCUGAGGCUCUCCCUGCAGAGUGAGUGCACCUGAAAAGCAUGGUCUUUUUCAGAGAGGAUGCUGGGGGCAGCUGGGGGAGCAGGUGUUAUGGCUCUGCUCUUCCUGUUUCUCUCCAUCAUCAUCAUCACAGUGAGGUCCUGCAGGAAGAAAGCCACAAGGCCAGCAGUUGGCAUCAGGAAUAUGGGCAUGGAAGGUGCAAGUGUUGUCACAAGGUCAGUCUCUCAGGUGAGUGACCUGGGCAUCUUGCCUUUGAGCAUCCUUCCUGGACACCUCCCCCUAGGAUGGCCCCCAGGAUUGCUCCGCUCAGGUCCCCUGAUUGAAUCCUGGGCAAGCAGCCUUCCCCCAGAUGUAGCUACCCCCUCCUCAGGGGAGGAAGAAGAGCUCCAUUAUGCAUCCCUCAGCUUUCAAGGGACAGAGCCUUGGGACUGUCAGGAACAGGUGGCUCCUGGUAUCGAGUAUUCGGAGAUCAGGAUUCACAAGUGAGAGCCUGCGGAGACCCAGCCCUGGAUUGAGUGAUCUUGGCCCCUGAGGGGCAAAGAAAAGGCCAGAGGCUGAUUCCUGUAGAAUUAAAAGGCCUGCAGGUGAUGAGCUGUAAGUACAGUGGAAAGAACAUAGGCUUUGGAAACAGAGAGUUUCUUUUCUUUUUUUUUUAAGCUUUUUUUUUUUUAAGAUUUUAUUCAUUUAUUUGAGAGAGAGAGAGAAUGAGAGACAGAGAGCA